GAGAGAGAGUAAACCUAGGGUUUUGUUUUUCCUUUGCAAAUUUGUAAUGGAUUCGCUCUCGCUCAAUUCUCAUCUUAUUUACAUUAAUGCCCCUCCGAAUUCUCGUUCCCAAACGCGCUUCGCUUGCUCCGUGGUCGCUGGAACGCCGUCGUCUUUGAACGCCGUCGUCCGUCGAUCUGGGAACUAUAAGCCUUCCAUAUGGGACCACCAUUAUCUCCUCUCGCUUGAAAAUGUACAUGCGAAAGACAAGAGAGUCGGAGAAAGAGCCGAGUCGUUGAAGGAAAGUGUGAGAAAGACACUACAUGAAACAGAGGGUCCUCUCAGACAACUAGAGCUGAUCGAUAAUCUCCAAAGACUUGGGAUAUCAUACCAUUUCAUGCCAGAAAUUCACAACAUUUUAGCUGAAAUUUACGACAAGAACACAAAAAACUCGAGACAUUAUCGGAAGGAAGAAGAUUUGCACACGAGGGCACUCGGAUUUCGUCUCCUCAGAGAUCAUGGCUUCCAUGUGACACAAGUUAAUUAUGCAGAUGUUUUCGGUGAUCUUGAGGACGAGGAGAAAAUGAAAACGUAUCAAGAAGACACGGACGUUGACGUAAAGGGUCUCCUCUCGACAUACGAAGCAUCGUAUCUUUCCACGGGAUCAGACACAAGGCUGAUGAAAAUCGGAUCGGAGGCCGCGGAACGAUUACGAGAAUCGAUUGUUACGGCCGACAAUGGCGAUGGAACUAAAUCGUAUGUGUCGGAGACUGUGGCCCGAGCGCUAAACAUGCCGUACCAUUGGCGCGCACGUCGUUUCGAAGCAAGGUGGUACAUAGACGUCUACGGAAUGAAGCACGACAUGGACCCUGUCUUGUUAGAGUUGGCAAAGAUUGAUUUCAACAUGGUACAGGCCACGCAUCAGGAAGAAGUUAAAUACAUCUCCAGCUGGUGGAACAACUCAGGAUUGAAACAGCUUCAUUUUGCAAGAGAUAGAGCAAUGGAGAGCUAUUUGUGGACGGUUGGAUUGCUCAGUGAACCGGAAUUUGGAUAUUAUCGACAAAUAUUUGCUAAAAUUAUCGUGUUAAUUACUACCAUUGACGACAUCUUCGAUGUUUAUGGUACCAUAGAAGAGCUCGUGGCCUUCACUAAGGCGACCGAAAGUUGGGAUGUGCACUGCCUCGAGGAGCUUCCGGAAUAUAUGAGGCUGUGUUUUCUGGUUAUGUACAACGAAACCAAUCAGAUCGGACAAGAUGUUCUUAGAGCCAAAAACUUCAAUGUCAUCCCUUACCUCAAAAAAUCGUGGGCAGAUCUAGUGAAAGCGUAUCUAACAGAAGCUAAGUGGUACAAGAACGGAUACAAGCCGAGUUUGAGAGAGUACAUGCAAAAUGCGAUCAUUUCAAUCUCCACACCGACAAUAUUACUGCAGUCUUUCUGUGUUUUGUCCGACCAAAUCUCCAAAGAAACGUUGGAUACACUGUCCGAACAUCCCCAACCUCUCGUCCGGUGCUGCGCUACCGUCUUUCGUUUCGCCGACGAUCUUGGAACUUCGACGGACGAGUUAGCAAGAGGGGAUGUCCCAAAAUCGAUCCAAUGUUACAUGCACGAGACGGGAGCUUCGGAGGCAGAGGCACGUGCGCACGUGAAGCAGAUGAUCAGAGACACGUGGGAAGAGAUCAACCGAGAGAGAACGGCACGCGGUUCGACAUCGCUCCCUCGGCGUUUCAUCGAAGUGGCGAUGAACCUGGCGCGCAUGUCGCUGUGCAUGUACCAGUACGGAGAUGGGCAUGGUUGUCCCGACAAGGCCAACACCGUCGAUCGUAUCCGGUCUCUGCUCAUCGAUCCUAUUCCACUAGAUUAAAGCUUCUAAGAAAAUCGGUAUUUAUAAAGAAUAAAAGUUGGUAUUUGGUUUAAUCCAAAAUAAAUGUGAUUGGAUUUGAUUUGAAUGAAUUAGAUUGCCUUAGUAAAACCAAUGUAUGAGAAUUAUAAGCGAAGCAUCCAUGCUAUUUAUAAUGUCGUUUGAAAUUUAUGAUAGUA